GAUGACGAUGACAAUGACGAUGACGGUUACGAUUACGAUUACGGUGACGGUGACGGCGACGACGACCGUAACGGCAACGGCAACGACUAUGAUAACAAUAACGGUAAUGGUAAUGGUAAUGGUAAUGGUAAUGGUAUUGGUAAUGGUAAUGGUAAUGGUAACGAUAACGAUAACGGCGGCAGUAAUGGUAACGACAACGGUAACUGUAACGAUAACGAUAACGACAAGGAUAACGAUAACGAUAACGAUACCGAUACCGAUAACAACAACGGAAAGGGAAACGAAAAGGGACAAAGUAAUGGUUAACGGUGGUAAUAACAACAGUGGGAAGGAAAACGGUGGAAAAAAUGAUAACGGUGAGAGAGGCAGGACGAAGAGAGGAACGGAAUGGAUAACAAUGACGAUGUAGAUGGCGAUGACGACGACGGAAUGGGAAUUGGGAAUCAAAACGGAAAUGGGAACGGAAACAAAGACGAAGCGCGAGAUGUAGGGAGUGAGGGUCACGGUAACAAUAACGAUAACGAUAACGAUAACGAUAACGAAACGAUAACGUAUAACGAUAACGAUAACGAUAACGAUAAGGGUAGUGGUAGCGGCAACGGCAAAAGCGACGGUAAAGGUGACGGUAAAGGUGACGGUAAAGGUGACGGUAAAGGUGACGGUGACGGUGACGGUAAAGGUGACGGUGACGGUAAAGGUGACGGUGACGGUGACGGUGACGGUGACGGUGACGAUAAAGAUAACGGUAUGCACGCGAAUCGCGGGUUUUAAAAUCGCGUUACGCGAAACACUCGUUUACAUUCCUACCCUGUUUUUUCCUUAAAUUUCACUUUCUCUUCUUUCCGUUUUUGUUCUUUUACUUUUCUUUCUUCUUCUUUUCCUCUUCUUCCCGAUUUUCUUCUUCUACAUUACCAGUUUUCUCGCGAGACGAAAGACGGGAGGGUGAGAGUCGGGCGAACGAGCACAUUGUAACUGCGACAACUGGCGAACGCAGCGCGUCAACUACGAAAACAAGUAUCUUCUUCCGAUUAUAUUUGUUUGAGAAACGUUCAAAGGGUCGGAACAUUCGAUAAGGUCGAAGUGUAUGCACUCGUACGAUCGAACCGAAUCGGCGAAUGAUCGUCGCUGAUUAUUGUUAUCCUAGGUCGAAGAAAAAGAAACGAAACCGACGUACGUUACGAUGGAUACACGUAUAAAAAUAGAAAGAGAUUAGGUUAUGUCUUUAAACGAUGAGCGGCAUAAGAGUGCACGUUCACUAUAGCUGGCAGGCUGAGUUUUAGGAAAGGCACGAUUUCGUACGCUAAGUCUACUAAGAGGAUAAGGCGGCGGCGUUUGGGACAACGGCUGUGACACGGUGACAGAGAGUGACGGCGACGGUGGCGGCAACGGAUCGUUGGAUCGUCGCGCGUCAGGAAGACACUUUGCGUUCCGAAAAGAUCAUUUUAAGAUUGCGCGAGGCGAAGCGCGAGGUCGGACGCGAGAUUAGCGACGUGGUGAUUCGUGCUCCAAACGAUAACGGAGUUUCCUAAGAAGUUUCCUUUCGAGACGAACUUCCUUUUCUCAAUUUCUCAAAAGCUCGAUGAUGCGCCACAGAAUAACGGAGCCAGAAACCGUGUUAAUUCCUUUCUUUUUCUCUUCCCUUCCAUUUCCUGUUCUCUCCUUGUCUCCCCCUUUCUCUCCCUC